AUGGGUGAUUCAGAAGAAAAGAUUUGUACAAUAUUAGAGGAAUGGGAGAGGUGGAAAAAGGGUGAGUCAUCUAGUAGCCAUAAAAGAAGUCAAAGGCAUUUGAAUGGUGAUCGUAAAGCAGGACAUGGAAGGCUUUUCAAUGACUACUUCGCCGAUGAACUAGUUUAUCCUGAUAAUGUAUGUCAUCAAAGAUUUCAAAUACGGAAGGCAUUGUUCUUGCAAAUCGCAGAAGCACUAGCAAGCCGUUCAGAAUAUUUUCAAUUAAGGGUUGAUUCAACUAGUAAGAGAGGACUUUCACUACUUUCAAAAAUAUGCAUUAUUAAAAUUUUUGCAGCAAGAUAUCUAAGAAGAUCUAAUAAUGAUGAUGUUGGGCGUUUACUUCAACUGCAUUCUGAGCGCCAUGGCUUUCCCGAUAUGCUUGGUAGUAUAGAUUGCAUUCAUUGGCAUUGGAAAAAUUGCCCAGUCUCAUGGAAAGGCCAAUUCACUUAA